AGACAUUGGAUCUAGAUAGUGGUGGUAUGAGAGCCGAUGAUCUUUCACACGUGUGCCUCGUCCCCAAUCUUUAUACGAAGCAAAGUUAAGGGACGGUGAAGUGCGCACCCUGCUUCCGAUAGAGAAGAGCUGCAACCUUUCCCGCCUCUAAUUCCUUCCAUUUCCCACCUCUUUCCACUUCAUUCCCACAGAAGGGCAAAUUGGUAAUUCUGUCUUCCUUUCCUUCUCUCUUCACCCCUUAUGCCCCAGAUGAUCCUGACCGUUCAUCUGCAAGGUCCCACUGUAUAUGAGGCCCAUGGCGAAAAUCUCACUGAUCAGAGAUCCUCAUCGUCCAUACAAAAGCUAGCUGGGUAGGAGCGUAAAAUGCUUCCAUCAUCUUCUUUCUACCGCUCAGUGUAUUCGGAGAUAGAAGAAGUUGGAUGGGAGCAUCUAGUAAGCUCUAGUGAAGACCUAGCCUCUCUUACCUUCUGCAUCUUAGACAAGAAGGGAAAGGCACAUAUUAUGGAGAUAGCACUGCCUCAAAAUUAUCCUAAAUGUUCACCUUCAGUUGCAGCGGAUAUACCUUAUGUUUGUGAAUUACAAUGGUCAGCACACUCAAGACUGAAAGAUGUUGUGCGCCAGUUCAGUGAGCAUUUGGAGAAUUUGCAGGAAUUUUGGUCUACCUUGGAUGAUAUUGACAGGGCUCUCUGGGUUGUUGAUCCAAGACAGUCAUCUCAUGCUUCAUCGUUUCGCCAAAUCUGCCUUGGAAAUGAUUGCUACCUUUUGUUAUAUAUAAAUCCUUGCAACUCGAGGUCUUUGCCAGAUUUUGCUAGGUGCCGUUUUCUUGGUCCAGACUUGAUCACAGAUUCUAUGAUAAAGAAGUGGAGGAGAAAUAGCAAGAGAUGGAUGAGCGACAAACCAUUUCCUGAAAAUCUUGCAAGUGUAUUGGAAAGUGCAAUACCUGGGCCUCCAAAUGUCUGCAAGGACGAUCAGCAAGUUGAUUGUGGAAUUUGUUAUGCUUACUACCUUCCAGUUGACGAUGAGCUUGGAGCCUUGAGCGGAAGCAGACCUGACUAUACAUGCGAUAACCCCAACUGCAGUAGAGCUUUCCAUAGCGUGUGCCUUGGAGACUGGUUGCGUACCAUUACGACAACAAGGCAGUCAUUUGGUGUUCUGUUCGGGAACUGCCCAUACUGUUCUGAACCAGUUGUGGUCAAAAUCAAUAGCAGCGAAAGAUCAAUGAUACCGUUUGGGAAUCGCCUAUGCUAUUCUGAAGCUGUGCCAGUUAAUAGUAAUGUGUAGAAUGGUGUAAUAUCAUUCUUUUGGUUAGUUACUAGAACCGAUGGUUAUCUUGUGUUUCGAUGACCGAUUGCGAUAAUUGAUUCAGGAAAGAUUUUUAAAAAAUGAAAGUGGGCUUAGCCCCACUCUGAUCAUAGUGAGGGCCUAUACCCAAAAUUGGAUAUGCUAUUAUUCCAAGUCCAACUAGAAAUACAUAGAAUUGCAAUUAGGGGUUUGGUUUCCGUAAUGCAUGAAAAUGGCGCCGCCACUGCACUAUGGCUAUUUCCUGUAUAUGAUAGAUUGAAUGGAUUGCAAUUCAGUUAAAUCGGGCAUCCAAAUACAGAGAUAACCGUUUCAUUAAACUUCCCACAUUUGGGCAUAAAGCAAGAAGAAUCAUAAGGUCUUGAACCUUGAAAAAAUAUAUGGUUUACAGAUCCUGGAUUCCAUUCA